UCGACGACGACGCAACAACACCGUCGUUGCCGUGGCCGCGCGCGCCGAGCACGAGCACGAGCACGAGCACGGCAGCCGCUUUGGUUAGCUCACCCUCUCCGCGGUCGUCGCGGCCACCGUCAGAGGCAACCGCCAACGCGCAACCUUGUGGGAAACGCACCCGGAAACACCGUAGGCAGAGCUGCCGUGAAAAGUCAAUCCGCGACCUGCCCGUCCGUCCUGCCUUUCCCCUUCCGCUCGCCCGUCGCGUCAGACGACGGACUCCACCGCCCGCGACGACGCGCUCCGCCUGCCGUGCCUGCCCCCGCGACACGCCUAGUAAAUCCCCCUCCCCCUGCGGAAGCGUCAGUCGACUCUCCGGGCCCCGCUCGCUUUCCCUCCUCGCGUGCUCGGCAACUACUCGGCGCCGCGCGGGGGCUCCAUGGGCGCGUCAUCCAGCCGCCGCCGCCGGGACGACUACUACCCGCCGCCGCACCACUACUCCUCCUACCCGCCCCCGCCGCCGCCGCCGCCGCACCACCACCACCCGCCGCCUCCCCCUCCGCCGCCGCACCACCGUCCUCCCCCUCCGCCGCCGCCCUCCUCGUACUACUACCACCCGCACCCGCCGCCCCCGCACGCGUACCACGGCCCGUGGCACCCCGCGCCCGCGCCGCCGCCGCAGCCGCAGCCGCCCGCGCUGACGGGGCCUCCGCCCGAGUUCGUGGAGCACCAGCAGGCGCAGAAGGUGAAGAAUUACGUCAAUCUGCACAAGGACACCAUCAGGCUCGUGCCCGACGACGCUGACCCCGACCGCCGCCUCGUCGCCUUCACUUUCGACGCGAUAACCGACGGCAGUGUGACUAUAUAUUACUUUGCCAAGGAAGAAAAGGACUGUAGUUUUUCUUCAAUAUACCCAGAAUUACAGACGCCAACAAAGAUACCCUUCGAGAAAGGGUUGGCCCAAAGGUUUAUCCAGCCCUCUGGAUCUGGUGUUGACUUGGGAUUCUUUUCUCUGGAUGAGCUUUCGAGUUCGUCAGGGGAAGUGUUCCCACUUGUUGUUUAUGCAGAAGCAUAUCCAUCUCCAGAGGAAGGUGGCCCAUCAGUAAACUCCACUCGUGCACAGAUUACUCUUGCUGUUUUGGAGAAGCAUAACAACGACCUUCAAGUCAAAGUUGUGAAGCAAAUCUUGUGGAUUGAUGGCGUUAGGUAUGAGCUACAGGAAAUUUUUGGUAUGGUCAACUCCACUGAAUCAGAUGUUGCCGAUGCUGAUGCUGAUGACACGGGGAAGGAAUGUGUUAUCUGCUUGACAGAACCAAGAGACACUGCUGUUAUGCCUUGUAGACAUUUGUGUUUAUGCAGUGAAUGCGCAAAAACUCUACGAUUUCAAUCAAAUAAAUGCCCAAUAUGCAGACAGCCUGUUGAAAAACUGAUGGAGAUCAAAGUUAGAAGUUCUGAACCAUAAAGGAGAGUUUGCUGGUAUGAGUGGUAUCGUUGCUGCUGCACUAUGUUAUGUAAUUGUCCAUAAUCCUGUAACAACAUCGAUCUUGAAGUGUAUAGUUCUGCUGAUGGUUGUGAACUUGUGAUGAUGUGGUCUAGAAAUGAACUGUGAAGACCUUCAUUUGGCAUUGGAUCGCUUGGUUUUUCUUGUUAUAGUA